UGGAAAGCUGGAAAAGCUGAAAAAUUUCAUGAGGAGAUUCAGAUUAAUGACGAUUCAACAGGUCACAGCUACAAGCACGUAUUUGGCCGGUUUCUGGACAAGAGUGUCCAUCGUAUCGAGGUUGAUGACCCUUAUGUAAGGAUUAACCAUCAGAUUCUGAACUUUGUACGGUUUUGUGAGCUUGUCAUUAAAAAGUGCCCAUCACUGAAGAAAAUAGUUCUUACAACAGGCCAAGAUGAGAAAUGUGUGGAUCAGCAAAAGAGUGCUUUAGAAGAAUUGAAAGGAAGUUUAACGCAAUAUCGUGUGAAUUUAAUUGUACGUUAUUCAUCAACAUUACAUGAUAGAGCAAUAAGGUUAGAUAAUGGAUGGACUGUUAAGAUUGGGCGUGGUUUAGACUAUUUCAAGCCAACCGAAUCAAGACAUUCCAUUGGCUGUUGUGAUAUGGACUUGAGGAAGUGCCACGAGACAACAAUUAAUAUAUUUCAUUAGAUACAAGCAUAGCCGGAGGAGUGCAGUGUAAGCCCGGCUUUUCUGUAUUCGCCCCAUUCGAACUUGAACGGCUGAUAUGUUGGUGCCCGACUGAUAUGUUGGUGCAGUAUGUGCCCAGCUUAAGCUAAGAUUAUUCUAAGUAAUUCCACGCCAGAAGGUUCUGGAAACAUAACACCUACCAAGUCUCACACAUGGGGUCUGUCUCGUGCUCUCACACUUUAAGGACCAAAAUUUCAGGCUUAAAUGUAAUGCCUAUAUAAAGUAUUAUGUUUACUAUUUUUGACCUUUGUAGCCCUUGGCCCUCUUACAAAUAUUUUCCAUCUACAGUACUUACAAUAUGGUAACAUUAUGUAUACCAACUACAGUACGUGCACUAACACUGUGAAAAUGUCGUUUUAUAAAGCACUGCCUGAUAAAAUAAAGGUCAAUAUGAGUACACACUGCCAGCUCAUGCCAGAGUGAAAAGGUUGGUGUGGACGACCUGAAAUCAUGUAUUCUCAGGGAAAAAAUGAAGAUCCACUUUUUCAGAUUCACUAUUAACUGCAAUAAACUGAUUCCUUUCCUAACAAAUUUCGCUGAUAUAUGUACAGUAUUACCAAAUUGUGUGGGAAAUAUUUUGACUACAGUUUGUUACAAAAUUAUGUCUCUGAACAAUUCUGCGGUUGAUACAGAAAUUUGCUGACCGUAGGGUCCUGAACCAAGGGGCCGACGAGAACCUCAGUCAGUCCUGUAAUAUAAAAUCCCUGGUAGGGUUUUACCGGGAGAGUUUUUACGGCUUCUCCCGACGGGGGCGGGGGGAUGCAAUACUGGAGCAAUCUUCAAAAUGUGACUGAAUGAGAAAAAAGACUGAAUGAAAAAAAAAUCACAUAAUUUUAAACUUUAUAUAAAAUACUUUUUGGUGGUAGUGGUAAAAUAGUUUUAGUUUUGAUGAAUGUUUGACUUUUAAAAAUUAUUAAUAAAGAUUUUCAUCAUUAUUUAAAUUACUACAGAAAAUAACCACAAAGGUUAUCUAAACAAAAAUUGAUUUUAGUAAUGAAAUGUCUAAUGUAAAUAAUUUAUUAAAAUGUAAUUGAAGGUUAUCUAAACAAAAAUUGAUUUUAGUAAUGAAAUGUCUAAUGUAAAUAAUUUAUUAAAAAUGUAAUUGAAAUCAAAUAGAUAAUAUCAGGAUUUAUGAAAAUGAUGUUAGAGCAGCUUUUAUAGCAAACUUAAGAAAGGAAAAUCUGCAGGUCCAGAGGGUCUCUCCUCACCACCAAUUAAAGCAUGUACAGUACUAUUUCUCAUAUUUUCACUUCACCAAACUCAAUCAAAAAAAAAAAAAGAAAACCUAGCAGAACUUAAUGAUUAAGGAUUGUUCUAAGUUACUUGACCAUCUUCAAUUUGCAUAUCGUAAAACAGGGGAGUAAGUGACUCUCAUCGCAUUGCUUCUUAAAGUUUAUUCACACCUUGACAAGCUUAAGUCUUGCGUCUGCACCUUUAUUAUUUUGACUUCUGUUCUGCUUUCAACACUCUCCUUAAUAAGCUCCUUAAUCUGAACAUCAAUCCACAUCUAUCGCUUUGGAUUGGCAAUUUCUUAUCUAAUGGAUCUCUGACAGUCAACACAGCCAACAUUUCCUCUGGUACUCUACACACCAACUGGCGCUCCACAAGGCUGUGUGCUUUCACUUAUAAUAUUCUCCUGAACGCUAACUUUUUUAAAGAUUUAUAUUGCUAUGUAAUUCGAUAUGCAGAUGAUACCACAAUUACUGGUUUUAUAAAGAAUGCUGAUUGUAUAUGACAAUGUGUUAAGAAAUUCCAAACUUGGUGUACUCAAAACUUUAUUAAAUUAAACCCAAAAUAAGACCAAAGAAGUUGUUUUCGACAUUAGGAAAAGGUAACAGCAUGGAUACAGUAACUGACUAUAGUGUAGUUUUAUAUGCUUGACGUUUUACUUAGCCUUCAUGUACAAUAGUAUAGGUUCCAUCAUUUGCAAUAUAUUUUUGAUUUAUGUGUUGUAGUUUAAGAUUUCAUUUGUUUCUAAAUUAAACCCAAAAUAAGACCAAAGAAAUUGUUUUUGACAUUAGGAAAAGGUAACAGCAUGGAUAAAGUAACUGACUAUAGUGUAUAGUAAUAUGCUUGUAGUUUGACUUAGCCUUCAAGUAUAGUAGAUAAAGUUCCGUCGUUUGCAAUAUGUUUUUGAUUUAUGUAUUUUAGUUUAGGAUUUUAUUUGUUUUACAAACAUUUGACUCCGGCUAUUAUGUCCAACUGAUUUGCUUUGAGGUGGGUUCUCGUGGAUGUAUUUCUCCCCGCAAUAUAAAAACAAUUAAAACAAUUUUUAAAAUGUGCAAUAACCCAAUUAAUUUAAAAAAAUUCUGUGACAAUAUUUCUAAACUUACCAUAAUCUCUUCCUUUAGUAUAUAUUAUGCGAAAAACGAACCAUCCUGGAUUAAUCCUCCAUAUUUUAUAACUGACUAAAAUAGGAUUGUUAUAAUUUCUUAUAGGUAUAUUUUUAAAUUACCGAUUUUUGUACUUUUCUCAUUGUUGUUCUCCGUUUCUCCUUGCGUGUGCCUCAUCUGGGCCAUGAUCUAGGAUUGUAUUACGUUUCCUUAUUGUUGUUUGCAAUAAAGUGAUAUUAAAUAAUGAUGCAUCUGGAAACCAAAUUUCAUGUGAAUCAAGUUGUGCACAAUGACCAAUGAGUAUAUAUCUUGUAACUUGUAUUGUAAGAACACAAAAGUUUAAGAUCAGUUAUUUCAGGCCUUUUCUGUGUUGGACUAUUAAUCUUGAGCAAUAAAAUGUAGUAAUUGAAUUGCUUGGUUUGUUUAAAUUGAACAUUAGAACAAAUUAAAUACAUUCCUUGC